AUGAGGGAGAGUCCUGGUGGUGGUGUCGCCAUGGACGUGGUCGUUUUCUGGGCGAGUGGCAGCAGCUGGGAGAUCACCGGAGGGGGUUUCGCCAUGGGUGAUGGAGCUUCUUGUGCGUGGUCUAGCCAUGGAAAGAGAGAAGGGGCGGCAGAGCAAAGAAGAAGAGGGAAGAAGAUUAGGUUUGGGCACUACACUCUUCAAUUAUUAGAAGAUGUUGGUUUCUUGGGAUACAAGUCUGCCUCCACUCCAAUGGACUCUCGAUCCAAGCUCAACAUAACUGACAACUCACCCUUAUUAGAUCCUGUUGGGGGAGAACGCCUUGUUGGUCAACACAUCUAUCUCACUCUUUCUCGGCCAAACAUAACAUAUGCAGUAUAUUGCCUCAGUCAAUUCUUGGCCACACCAACGACAUCUCAUCUACAAGCUGCUCACAAAGUUCUUAGAUACCUCAAACACAAACCUGGUCAAGGAGUUUUCUACUCAGCCACGUCUUCACUUCAAAUCCAUGCCUUUUCUGAUUCUGAUUUGGCAAGUUUUCCAGAUACUAGCAUAUCUGUCACUGGGUUUUGUGUCUUCAUUGGCGACUCCAUGGUUUCAUGUCGCUCUAAAAAGCAGCCAACAAUCCCUCGCUCAUCAGCUAAGGCAGAAUAUCGGGCUCUUGCCGCUACUACAGCUGAAGUAAUUUGGAUAUCCAAUUUACUUUCAGCCCUCCAAGUUAUCACUCCUCCCCCAGACAUUCUCUAUUGUGACAAAAACUCUGUUGUCCACAUGGUUAGCAAUCCAUCCUUUCAUGAGAGAACCAAGCAUAACGAAUUAGACAAAGUAAAGGAAGGUUUUAUUCAUCUUCUUCCUAUUACCUUAAAUCACCAACUUGUAGAUGCCUUUGCCAAGCCCUUACCCUCUCUCUUGCUCUUCAGUUUCUGCUCUCCAAGAUGGAUGUGCAUGAUAUCCACAGUCCAUCUUGAGGGGGAGUAUUAA